AUGGACGCCCGCGCCACCAUCCGCCAAUCCGCCCCCGUCGACGUCUCCAGGCCCUAUGCCGCCAGCGCGCUGCGCGGCAAGACCAUCGUCAUCACGGGCGGCGCGCGCGGGCUCGGCGCCGCCAUGGCCACCGCCUGGGCCGCGCACGGCGCCCACGUCGUCGUCGGUGACGUCGACGACGCCGCCGGCGAGGCCCUCGUCGCGGGGCUGCGCGCCGCCCGUCGCGACGACGCCGCCGUUGCCGCGUGCGUCUACCGGCGCUGCGACGUGACCGAUUGGGCGCAGCAGGUGGCGCUGUUCGAGGCGGCCGUCGCCACGAGCCCGCGCGGCGCCGUCGACGUCGUCGUCGCCAACGCGGGCGUCCUGCUCGUCGACGAGGGCAUCCGCUUCGAGGAGCCCGUCGCCGCCGACGCGGGCCCCGGGCCCGGCACCCUCCCCCGCCCCAGCACCGCCGUGCUCGACGUCAACGUCGUCGGCGUCGCCUACACGGCCCACCUGGCCCUGCACCACCUGGCGCGCAACCCGCGCCCGGACCGGUGCCUCCUGCUCGUCGGCUCCUUCGCCUCCAUCGUGCCGCUGCCCGGCCAGGCGCAGUACACAAUGUCCAAGCACGCCGUUGCCGGCCUCUUCCGCUCCCUGCGCGGCACCGCCGCCCUGCGCUACGGCAUCCGCGUCAACAUGGUCGCCCCGUACUAUGUCGGCGGCACCCGCAUGUUGCAGCCCCUCAUCGAGGCGGCCUACCUGGCCGGCAGCGCGGGGCCGGCCUCGGUCCCGGACGUCGUCGACGCCGCCACCCGCCUCAUCGCCGAUGUCUCCGUCGCCGGCCGCGCCCUCGUUGUCGGGCCCCGCCUCAAGUCCGCACCGCCCGGCGAGAUCCCCGUCGCCGACGCAGAGGGCCACGGCCAGGGCAGGGCGGCGUGGGAGUGCUACGCUCACGACUACGACGAGGUCGAGACCUUUACCUGGCGCUACGUGCGCCUGCUCAACGUCAUAGCUACGGCCCGGGGUUCUUGGGCGUGGAUACGCGACCUGUGGAGCAUAUUCCGCCGGAGUUGA